UGGGCGUGGAUCUGCCUAAGUAACGGUGCGGCCACACUUCGGGGUUUUCAGACAGAGAUACUGCAAGAAGGAAAAACAGCGUCAUGCCAGAGGGGUAAAAGCGGCGAGGUGGUCGAUUUCGCUUUCUCGGGUUGACUUAUUGCUCCGCAGUGAUCAGGCAAAUCCGACUCAUCUGCAGUCCGUGCGCGAUAGAAACGCUCGACUUUAACUCGACAGCAUAUGUUGAAUUUGAGUUGCAAAUAGCUGCGCGCAAUCGCUUUGUAAUCCUAUCUCGACUUUGGAAAAAAUUGCGUACAAACCAACAAUGUCUCACGUUGAUUCAGGGCCGAAAAAUGACUCGGACUCGGAAAAGAAGACUGAACAGGCUCAGGACAGUUCAUCGGGAGAAAUGGACGUUCCUAAAACUAAACUAUUUGAUGCCAAGGCAAUCUUAUGGACUUUUGGCAAAUGUCUUACUGCCUUGUUGCCCGUUUACCUGGCUGGUUACUAUCGGAUGAGCACUAGUUUAGUGGUGUUUGGGAUGAUGGUUUACGCAGGAUGGAAACACACUCGUGAGGCGAAGGAGGCGAGACUGAAAUCCGCUAUAGAGUUAGUCAACGACGAACAAGAAUAUAUAUCCUCCAAAUCAUUUAGAAGUAGAAGAGACCUACCUUCUUGGGUAAAUUUUCCAGAUGUGGAGAAGGUUGAAUGGCUCAACAAGGUUAUCCAGCAGGCCUGGCCAUUUAUUGGUCAGUAUUUGGAGAAGCUGCUGACGGAAACCAUUGCUCCAUCCAUCCGCGGCUCCAGCACUCAUCUGCAGACGCUCUGCUUUACGAAGGUCGACUUUGGUGGCAAGCCUAUGAAGGUGGUUGGAGUGAAGGCUCAUACAGAAAAUGAGAAAGGUCAAAUUCUGCUUGACGUUUACAUCAGUUACGUGGGGGACGUCGAGAUAAAUGUGGAGGUGAAGAGGUAUUUCUGCAAGGCUGGUGUGAAGGGAAUACAGCUUCAUGGAAUGAUGCGUGUGAUUUUGGAGCCUCUGAUCGGUGACGUCCCAAUCGUGGGCGCUGUAACCAUGUUCUUCAUUCAAAGACCUAAACUGACCAUUAACUGGACUGGUUUGACCAACCUGCUGGAUGUUCCAGGGCUCAAUGUGAUGUCAGAUACUAUGAUCAUGGACGCGAUCGCUUCAUUCCUGGUUCUGCCCAAUCGUCUCACUGUUCCUCUAGCGGCAGACCUGCAUGUUGCGCAGCUGCGGUGCCCUUUACCCAGGGGAGUUGUGCGGAUUCACCUGCUGGAGGCUGAUGGUCUGGCUUCGAAGGAUAACUAUGUGAAGGGUGUGAUGGUGGGCAUGUCUGACCCAUACGCCCUGCUCAGAGUCGGGCCGCAAACCUUCAAAUCCCGCCAUCUGGACAACACACUCAAUCCCAAAUGGGAUGAAAUGUAUGAGGUCAUCGCUCAUGAGGUGCCUGGUCAGGAGCUAGAGGUGGAAGUGUUUGAUAAAGAUCCUGAUCAUGAUGAUUUCCUGGGCAGGACAAAAUUAGAUUUGGGGAUUGUGAAGAAAUCAAAAAUAGUGGAUGAGUGGUUCACCUUGAAGGACACCCCUACAGGACGGGUUCAUCUCAGACUUGAGUGGCUGACACUAGAAGCAGACACAGAAAGACUGGAAGAGGUUCUGAAGAGAAAUGAAAGUGUGGUGAGUCAAACAGCAAAGCCUCCCUCAGCAGCCAUCUUGGCAGUGUAUCUGGACAAGGCUGAGGCACUUCCUAUGAAGAAAGGCAAUAAGGAUCCCAAUCCGAUCGUUCAAAUCUCAGUGCAAGAUGUUACUCGUGACAGCCGGAUUUGCUGGAAUACCGUGAACCCCCAGUGGGAGGACGCUUUCACUUUCUUCAUCAGAGAUCCAAGCAAACAGGACAUCAGCGUACAGGUGAAGGAUAAUGACCGUGUUCAGGAUUUGGGAAGUCUGUCCAUUCCUGUUUCCCGUCUUCUCUCUUGUCAAGAUCUGAAUUUGGACGAGUGGUUUAAUCUGGAGAAUUCUGGUCCAGAAAGCCGCAUCCACAUCAACACAGUGCUCAGGGUGCUCUGGUUGGAUGAAGCCGCCGUAACUUCCUCUCUCCUCUCCAGUGACCCUCUUUCAAAGAGUUCUGCAUCACGUCCACAGAAGACGACGCCCCAUUCCAGCUUCGCCACUGAGGGGAUGCUGCGUAUCCACCUUGUGGAGGGUCAAAAUCUGGUGGCGAAGGACAACAUGAUGGGUGGGAUGGUGAAGGGCAAGAGCGACCCGUAUGUCAAGAUCCAAAUUGGAGGUGAAACCUUUAAGAGUCAAGUGAUCAAGGAGAACCUCAACCCCACCUGGAACGAGAUGUAUGAGGUGGUUUUGACGCAGCUUCCUGGUCAAGAGUUGACACUGGAAGUUUUUGAUAAGGACAUGGACAUGAAAGAUGACUUUAUGGGCAGGCUGAAGAUGAAUCUGAGUGACAUAAUCAGCUCUCAAUACAUUAAUGAAUGGUUUACUCUGAGCGACGUUAAGCGUGGCCGUGUUCAUCUCGCUCUGGAAUGGCUGCCCGCUGUAACACAGCCAGAGAAACUACAGCAGGUGUUGCAGUACCAGUCAAAGAGCUCAUACCUGAAUAAGACCGUGCCGACUGCCGCUCUCUUGUUUGUGUAUGUGGAGCGCGCGCAUGAGCUUCCUUUGAAGAAGAGUGGAAAGGAGCCUAAAGUUGGAGCUGAGCUGAUUUUGAGAAGAACUUCUCAUAGAACCACGGUAUGCGAUCGCACCAGCUCUCCCCGGUGGGACGAGGCAUUCCACUUCCUGGUUCAAGAUCCAUUGAACGAAGACCUUGUUGUGAAGUUGACCCACAACUGGGACUUCUCUCUGGGAUCUGUGGUGAUUCUCGUCAAAGAGCUUCUCUCUGAGCCAGAUCUGAUGCUGGACCAGUGGCUCGAUCUGGAUGGAGCGUCACCCCAGAGUCAGAUUCUGCUCAGAGCUCAGCUGAAGAUUCUUUGCUCUAAAGAGACAGAGAGCUCUGAAGACCAUGAGGAACCUAAACGUCCUGAAGUGUGCAGCAUUAGAAGAAAACAGGAGGAGGAAUUAGUGCAGAUGUCUAGCUUUGAGGAGGUCCCACCAUCUCCUGUCAGCAGGACUUCCUCUGUGUCAGUCCCAGAAGAGGAAGAAGUCCCAGAGGUCACAGAGGACCCAGAAGUUUCUAGUUCAGAUGACCUUCGUCCCUUGCACACCAUCCCUGACCCCAGCUUUGGUGCUGAGGGCGUGCUCCGCCUCCACCUGCUGGAAGCUGAAGAUCUGGUUGCAAAGGACAACAUGAUGGGUAGGAUGGUGAAGGGGAAGAGCGACCCGUAUGUCAAGAUACAUAUCGGAGACACAGUCUUUAAGAGUCAUGUGAUCAAGGAGAACCUCAACCCCACCUGGAACGAGAUGUAUGAGAUGGUUCUGAGUCCUGAUAAUAAUCUAGAUGUGAAGUUUGAGGUCUAUGAUAAGGAUUUUGAAUCUGAUGAUUUCCUUGGAAGGUUCAAGCUCAAACUUGGACAUAUCAUCAGUACCCAGUAUGAUGAUGAAUGGUUUACUUUGAAUGAUAUAAAACACGGUCGAGUCCAUUUGGUCCUGGAAUGGCUUCCCACCUCAACACAGCGGGAUAGAUUGGAUCAAGUAAUGCAGAUGCAAAGCUCUCAGACCUACCAGAACAAGUCUGUGCCGUCAGCAGCGUUGCUGUUUAUUUAUUUAGAAAGAGCUCAUGAUCUGCCUUUGAAGAAAAGUGGAAAGGAACCCAAAGCUGCUGCUGAACUUGUACUUGGAGCAACAUCGUACAAAACCAAGGUGUGUGAUCGAUCAACUUCUCCUAACUGGAAUGAAGCAUUUGACUUUCUGGUUCACGACCCCAAAAAGGACAUGCUUGUCAUUAAGAUCUCAAGUGCCUGGGACCAACCUAUGGGCUCUUUGGUUCUUCCAAUCAGAGAGCUGCUUUCAAAACCAGAUCUACUGAUGGACCAGUGGCUCGAUCUGGAUGGAGCUUCACCAAAGAGCCAGAUCCUACUCGGGGCACAGCUGAAAAUCUUGGAUUCAAAAAUGGCCGCCUUAAUAGCCAUGGGUUCAGCUCCUGUGUUGAGUAAUAUGCAGACGGCCACCACUGGUCAGAUCAAAAUCUCCCUUUCCUUCCAGAAGAAGUUGACAGUAAUCAUCCAUGCAUGCAGGGGUCUGGUUACAUCAUCUAAGGACAGCUUAGACACCUACGUCUCCCUCAUUCUGCUGCCGGAUAAAAGCAAGGCCACGAAAAGAAAAACAAGUGUGAAGAAGAAAAAUCUGAACCCAGAGUUCACUGAAAGGUUUGAGUUUGAUAUGAGUGUGGAGGACGCUCAGAGACGAGAGCUCAGCGUUUCUGUGAAAAACGCAUCCUCGUCCUUCAUGAAUCGAGACAAAGACUUGAUCGGCCAGGUGCAGAUAGACCUGGGACAUGUUGACUUAAUCUCUGGAGUCACAGAAUGGUUUGAUCUAAAAGAAGAGCAGAACUAACUGAACACAAUGCUCUUGACCUGAGCACUUCACAGCCAACCUUAAACCUCUUCCUGAAGUUCAUCAGGUUAACUUCGCUGCCGUGUAUCGCUGCCAGUGCUUCCCUUCCCCCCCUUUUUUUUUUAUAACUUCACAAACACACAUAUUUCUUCCCUCCAUCUGUUUAUUUAUCAACAUGAUUUCGAGUGACCAGUUCAUGUGAUGAAUGUGAUUGAUCUUUGUGGUUUGAACAUAUUGCUGCAUUGAGUAUUAUAUCAGAACUGAUAUAUAAAUUGGUGAUGUCUGUAAAGUCAGUAAUCAGACGACUGAAUGUUAACCGUACGUAUUUACAGAGAUGAAUGUUGAGCAGGUGUCUGGAAAGAGUCUCGUCUUCUUGUGCAGGUUGCAGGGACGUCGCAUUUGUGCUGAAAAUUAUGUUUUAAAAUGGGUUUUUAAAGCAAAGAAAUGUUUUUGUUUUUAUCAAACGUGACGAUACAAUAAGAAAUCUUGUUUAAAUGUACAAAUUCAUGAAAGAUUAUAAUUGACAGAUCUUUGUGCACCAAAAAUAUAAAGUGGUUUUAUUUAGACAGUCUACAUAUCACCACCUAAAAACUUUAUUUAAGAUGACUUAUGUGCUGUUACCACUGCAGAUCUCCACAAUCAUAGUGUUGCGCUUCGAAAACUAGCUGCUGUUUACACAUUGAUGGGUCUUAUGUAGCUUCUGCAGUCCAUUGUGAUGCCAAAUAUCUAGAAGCUCACGUUUUUUAGCCAAAACUGUU